GGUUUCAAUUUCGCACGGUUAAUCGCAGUGUCAUAUCAAUCUGUCUUCUUGCUGCUUCUUAAAAUGCCAUGUUGCUCUACCUGCCUUGCUUACCUUUACACAGAAGUUUAUAUCCUCAAAUUUGCGAGGUUUAAACGCACCAAUCUUUACUUUUAUAUGUUGCACCUGUUGUGAUCAUUUUACCCUAUCGGCUCCUUAUCGUAAGGCCCCUAAAAUAAACGUCACUCCCGUACCAAGGAUUUCUCCAUCCUAAUAAGCAUCCACCUUUUGUACAACCAACCAACCUUCAAACACCAAAUUGGAAAAUCAUUUCCCCCCUUCACGUCUCUGCUCGACACACCAGAACAAUACAAGAUUCUUUAAUUAUUAUUUAAUCCGCAUCUUCAAAUAUGACAUCUACGUCCUCGGGCUCCUCCGCAUUUAACCCUUCACCUGCUGCAUCGACGGCCCCUUCAACUGCCUCCGAGUCGUUACCUACAUCCUCCGCGGUAGCGGAGAAACCACCAGAUGAUGGCUCGAAACUUAAGAUGUUCUUGGGCAUUCUGCGAAAGUUUAUUGGAGUGGCAGAUAUUGCUUCCGUUCGAUUUAGUUUACCGGCCCAGCUAUUAGAACCAACGCCCAAUCUCGAGUAUUGGAAUUACCUCGAUCAACCGAAUACAUUUGUGGCAAUAGGAGACUCGGAUGAUCCACUAGAUAGAAUGUUGGAAGUCAUGCGAUUCUGGUUCACGAAGGAUUUGAAAUACGUGAAAGGCAAACCUUGCAAGCCAUACAAUUCUACUCUUGGGGAAUUUUUCAGGUGUAAUUGGGAAGUCGAAGAUUCACAACCGGCUAUAGAGACGGGGAAAUUAAGCACGACUAGUGCUUCGUCUUCGAAGAAGGCUACUCCUAUGUCAUCGACUAAUGCGUCGAACGUUACAAUUCCGAAGCCGAAAUCGGGCAAGAAAGUUCGAGUCUCGUAUUUGACGGAACAAACUUCGCAUCAUCCACCUGUCUCCGCAUUUUAUGUCGAUUGUCCGGAAAAAGGUAUUUCGGCUCGGGGUUUCGAUCAAAUAUCGGCAAAGUUCACUGGAACGAGUAUUAAGGUUACACCAGGGGAGCACAAUUUGGGUAUCUUCAUUAAUAUUGAGAGGAGAGGUAACGAACAAUACCAGCUCACACAUCCAGCUGCCCAUCUUGGGGGGCUUUUGCGUGGAACUUUAAGUGUUACCGUAGGAGAUCAGUGCUACAUUACUUGCGCUCAGACGAAGAUCAAGACCAUCUUACAUUAUGUUGAAGAGGGAUGGUUAGGCAAGACGCAGAACAAAGUGGAGGGAGUAGUCUUCCGCUAUGAUCCAGACAAUGAUAAUAAGACUAGGAUAAAAGAUGUUCCUGAUAAAGAUGUAUUGGCAAGAGUAUCUGGAAACUGGAAGGACAAGCUAUACUUCAGUUUGGGGCCCAAGGGCGACAAUCAAAUUCUCCUAAUAGAUCUCGCGCCUCUUCAAGUAGCACCCAAGAUUAUUCCCCCAACCGAAAAACAGCUACCAAACGAAUCCCUCAAGUUCUGGUCAGGCGUCACAGAAGCCAUCCAAGGUCGACAAUUUUCCCGGGCAACAGCCCUCAAACAAGAAUUGGAAGAGAGGCAAAGAGAGAAGGCUAAAGAGCGACAAGAACAAGGCGUUGAUUGGCAGCCGAGAUUCUUCACAGGUUCGGUUACACCUUUAGGUAAACCGGAUUUGACGGCCGAUGGAAAAGAGGUUCUACAAAUGUUGCAGCAGGGAGAAUGGGACUUGAAGGAGAAUGAAGUUACUGGUGCUUAGAAUGCAUGCUCCGAAUGAGAUAUCUUUUCUCUUUCUUUCUAAUAACUGGAUUGGUCUUGGAUGAUACGAAAGGAAACGAGAUGGCUCUUUGUUGAUACUCUUGAUACUUGAUACGUAUACACAUACAUUAUUACAUCACAUGCAUGAAUGGGAGAAGAAGGGAAAGGAGAUAGCGAUGUGGGAUUCGUUGCUUUAGUUCGUUACUUUGUCGGAUACGGGGUUCGGGGAACUUAUAUUUUGAGCACCUAACAUAGACUUUUCCUUUUGGUUGGUUGUGGAAAUUGUGUGGUUGGGGGAUGAAGAGUAGAGAGGGAGCGGAAAGGGCGGGAGUGGGGUGGGAGUAGUGGUGAGAGUGGGAGUAGUGGUGAGAGUGGGAGUGGGAGAGGAGAGCGGAGGGUAGAAGUGAGCACGGAGUAGAGAGUUGAGAGUUGAGAGGAAGAAUUUGAAUAUACAGUUGGGGUACACAAUACACAAAUAUACACAUACGCAUACUAUACCAGAAUCAUCUUUUGUUAUUAAUAAAUUGUGUUUGUUUUUGUCCA